CGUAUGCGUGAUGUUUGUGCGCGCGGAUGAGGAUGUGCUGUCAUGGCGCUGAACACAAACUGCUGAUUUAAAUCUCUCCAUCAUCAAUACAGAUUGUGUUGGUUUCUACAGAAGUGACUGUCUGUCUGUCUGUCUGUCAAGAAUCAUCUAGCAAGUUCUCAAGCAGCAAGUUUGUCUGAUGUGGGCUCAGACUGCUAGAAGAACACAAAGAUGUCUGGAAAUAAAGCCCUGGAUCUGCAGCUGCAGAUGAGACAGAACGCAGAAGAUCUGCAGAACUACAUGAAGGAGCUCAACAACUGGGAGGAAGAAGUCAAGAGGAAAGACCAGCAGCUUCGCACCGGAAACAUUGACGAAACUCAAAAAACUCUCCCACCAGUGAGGAACAAGGAUCAUCAAAAGACAAAGAAGAGGGUGAAACGUCAAACAAACGACAACAACGGUCAGAAAGAGACAGCGCGGAUCAAAUCUUACGAUUACCAAGCCUGGGACAAAUUUGCCAUGGACAAGGCUCUGGAGUCCAUGGAAACAGAGGAGAGUCCGGUGCAGUCCAAUGAGUCAGAGGUGGACAGAGAUCUGGCCCUCGCUGAGAAGGAGAAGGGCAACGAGUUGUUUAAAGAUGGUCAGUAUGACAGCGCAGUGGAGUGUUACACCAGAGGAAUGAGCGCAGAUCCAUACAACCCCGUCCUGCCCACAAACAGAGCGGCCUGCUUCUGCAGACUGAAGAAGUUUGCUGUGGCCGAGUCAGACUGUAAUUUGGCAAUCGCUUUAGACAGUAAAUACCUGAAAGCUUACGCCAGGAGAGGAGCCGCACGCGCUGCUCUCAAGAACCAUCAGGGGGCGCUCGACGAUUAUGAAAUGGUUCUCAAAUUGGAUCCUGGAAACAUGGAGGCACAGAAUGAAAUAAAGAAAUUAAAGCAGGUGUUUGAUUCCAGCAGACAGACGGUAGAGGAGAGAGAGAGUGAGACAGCUGCAGCGUCUGCGCAGACGCUUGAUCCUUUUAAACAGCAGCAGCUGCAGGAACAGCACAGGAAACAGGAAGCUGUUAUUCAGAAAGACAGAGGAAAUGCUUACUUUAAAGAAGGGAAGUAUGAGGCCGCUGUGGAGUGUUACACUAAAGGAAUUGAAGCAGACGACACAAACGCUCUGCUGCCUGCUAACAGAGCCAUGGCUUACCUCAAACUAAACAGGUACAGUGAGGCGGAGCAGGACUGCAGUACAGCUGUUGCUCUGGACGACAAGUACUCGAAAGCAUUUGCGAGACGAGCGACAGCACGAGCCUCUCUAGGAAAGAUCAGAGAUGCCAGAGAAGAUUUUGAACAGGUUCUGAAGCUCGAGCCAGGAAACAAACAAGCCAUAAAUGAGAUUGAGAAACUCACAGUGGAGUUGAGGGCCAGUGGGCUUCUGUUUCCAGACGAGAACACACAGAGAAGAACCGUCCAGCCAAUCAACAAACCUGAACAUCUCAGAUCCACUAAACCCUUGAGAAGAAUAGACAUACAGGAAGUAGGCGGAGAGAUGAUGCUGUCAGCCAAACCUGAAGAAGUGUCUACCCCGCCCUCUGUGCUCUCCUCACCAAGUCACAAGAUCCAGAAGAUAGAGGAGAUCUCAGACGCCGUCUCUCCUCCUGCUCACAGAAGUUCUCAGCAGGAUGUGAGUAAAGAGAGUGUCUCCUCUGAGGACCUCAAACAGGUUCCUCCUCCACCCAACAACAGUUUUCAGCUGGAGUCUGACCUCAGAAAGAUCAGCCGGCAUCCAGAAUCCACUUACAGAUAUUUAAAGCAAAUCAGUCCAGAUUGUUACCCAAAGAUCUUCCAGAACUCUCUGGAGCCUGAUAUUCUAAACCUGCUCCUCAAGACAUUCCACAGUUUCUACAUUGAACAUGAAGAUGCGUCUCUCGUUCUGGCCGUCCUGAGGAAUCUGACGAGUGUCGGGAGAUUCGACAUGGCUGUCAUGUUCAUGUCGUCUGCAGAGAGGAAAGUGGUACAGGAGCUGUUUGACUGGAUCCGGCGCGCCGGCCUGACGGACCGUUCCGUUCAAGACUUACAGAAGAAAUACGGCCUCUGACCUCUGCUCACAGGGGUUUGGAUCUCACCUGUCUAAAAAACAUCUGUGACGUUUCUUUGAAUGUGAAUGAAAUAAAUGUUUAUUAAACACG